AAGUAUUUCUAAAGCGACACCCCUUCACACAAUCCCCACUCUCACCUCCCAUCCAUACACACACGCGCCAUUAAUAUGCAUGCCCUCUAAGCAAAGCAAAACAAAAAUUACACAAUAUCGUCAAACCCCCCUUUCACACAUUCUCUCGAAACCCUAGAACAAUUUCCCCCCUUUUCCCCUUUUAGAUUCCCUCAAUCUCCAUGAAAAUUCUCCAAAUCUCCAUAUCCAAAUUCUCCAUAAUCCUAAUUCAAUGAUUCUCUAACUUUUUUUUAAUUUUUUUUUUGUUAAAUUUGGUAAAAAAAAUUGAAUCGAUGGAGGGCUCUGUAACGGAUGAUCUCGGAGCCCCACCGGAGUCAUGGGAGGUGGCUGACUUAGAUGCUAGUAUGAGGCGACUUAUACUUUCAUCGUCUUCGAAGAAGAACAAGGAUAAUAUUGAUUCUUCAUCUGUUGAUAAUAAUAAUAAUAAUAAUAAUAAUAACAAUAGUGAUCAAUCUGAGCUGCUCGAUUCUUCGGGUACAGGUACAGGUGGUGGUGGUGGUGGUGGUUCAGGGAGUGUGUCGUCAGAGGAUGUUGUUAAUACUGUCGAUCAGUUUCUGCGUGAGGCUUUGCAAAACCCUCGUGAACGCCUUUCCGUUCUGAGGAUGGAGCAAGAUGUUGAAAAGUUCAUCAGGGAUCCUGGUCGACAACAGAUGGAAUUCCAACAGCUGCCUACUUCCUAUUUGCGACUGGCUGCUCACCGUGUGGCACAACACUAUUCACUACAGUCAAUGGUUUUGUUGGACAAUAGUUUACCGGAUGGCUCGGGUUCCAGAAUUAUUGUGCGCAAGACUUCUGAAUGUCGGAUGCCUUUGAUUCGCUUGGCUGACAUUCCAGUGAAUUUGCCUCAAGGAGAUACUGGUGUGGUUAAGGUUGCCAUAAAGCAGAGGCCACAGAAAGGUUCACAUUUAGCAAGUGGGUUGAAUUCAAAUUCAUCGAAAGGAAAUUCUGCUAAAAGUGUUGAGGAAAGAAAGGAGGAAUAUAAUAGGGCUCGAGCACGUAUUUUUAACUCUAAUAGUUUAAGUGGGAGCUCCAACUUAAAACCUGAAACUGAAUCAAGGUCACAGGAUACUUUCCAGUAUGGUCCAAUGGGCAUACCACAGUUGGAAGAAAAAGCCAGUCCAGUUGGCGUUUCUGAUUUGAAUGCUGGACGGGGUCUGAUUGAUUCUUCAACAAGUAGCAGUAGAUCAGCUAGAAGUAGAACAGAAAAGGAGCCAGUUAAUAGGUCUAAAUCUUAUAAUAAGGUGGCUAUCUUUCGUGAUCGGGAAAUUGAUCGGAAGGACCCUGAUUAUGACAGGAACUAUGACAGAUACAUGCAAAGGUUUGAUCCUGGGUUUGGAUUUACUGGUGGCCCGUACACAAUUCAACCCAUGUAUGCUCCUGCAAUUAACUACAAUACUGAGUUUCCCCAGCUUGGGUCUGCUCUUCGGUCUCCCAUUUCUGCUGAAAACCAACCUCGUCCACUUCCUCAACAUUUACCUGGGCCUUGGGCAACACCGACUCCUGGUAUUGGUUAUGGUCCAGCAGAGAGCAUGAUGCCUCCCCCUUUCAAUCACAAUCAUGUUAGUGCACGCUCAAGCUCAGCUAUAUAUUUGCAUUCAACCCAGUAUCCUUGUCAGCGUCCUGGAAUGACUUUUAUCCAUCCUCACGAGCAGGUUCACCAACCCUUCUCACAGUCUCAUCAACUUCAACCCGAUGGUUUUGGAUUAGCCCGGCCCCGGUGAGGGGCGCGGGCCAUGCCUGGAUCCUGCCACAUACAAUUCAGCAUCUUGAGGGGGAUGCUGAGCGGCAAAAUGUUGCAAUUGGCAGGGUGCAGGCAUGAACAACUGAGACGUGGUGGAAUGGAUUGUUCAGCUUGCAGUAUUUUCCGAAUCCAUCCACCAGUCUCAGUUUCACAGAGCCUCCUGCAUUGCUCUGAGGAUGCUCAUAUUCCCUGGCGCAUGGAUGAGCACUCAAAGCUAUGUUGAAAACUAUGAUGGCGAUGAUGACGACAAUUAAAUCAGCCAGAGUUCAGAGCUGGCAAUAUAAGAAGUUUGAUCUGUUUUAGCCUCAUCAAAGCUCCAAGCAGAAAAGGAACUUGGUUAGAGAUUUCGAGCAAAUGUGUCAACAGGAAUGCAGCUUUUGGUAGCUUUGGUGCCAGAUUGACAGUGAUAAUGGAGAGCUCUGUUCUCCUAUGGCAAAGCAAUCUCCAGGAGAGACUCUGCACAUUAUAUGUAUUUAAAUGGAAGAUUUCCCCCUUUUCUUUAACUGUUUUGAUCCUUCACCGACUUGUUUGUAGAUGAUGUGUUUCGUUGGUCAGAACUCUUCCAUUGGUCGUUA